UUAACACCUUGUACUGCAACAGCUUCUUUAAUUUCUUUCUUCACAACGUUCAAUCCUAUAGCUAGCUAGCUUGCAAUUCCAAUCAUGGCAAGCAGGAUUUAUGCACCUUCUUCUUUUCUCUUCUUGCUCAUCAUGAUAAUUAGCACGGGACUGAUUGGUUCUGGCGGUUCUCAUGGCAACUCUGACCAUGGAAAGUCUUACAUAAUCUACAUGGGCAACCGGCACGAAGGAGGUGAAGCCGCUGCUCAGUCUCUUCACUUGAACAUGUUACAGCAAGCUAUUGGCAGUGAAUUUGCUUCGGAAUCUCUUCUCCAUAGCUUCAAGAGGACAUUCAACGGGUUCGUAGCCCACCUCACCGACCACCAAGUCUCAAAGAUCGCUGGGAUGCCAGGAGUUGUAUCAGUGUUCCCCAACAAAAUCAACAAGCUCCUAACCACAAGAUCAUGGGACUUCAUGGGCUUCUCUCAGCAACGAGCUCGGAGAACAUCCCUGGAAAGUGACGUCAUCAUAGGAGUCUUCGACUCCGGGAUCUGGCCGGCGUCGGAAUCAUUCCACGACGAUGGGCUCGGCCCUCCGCCGGCGAAGUGGAAGGGCUCGUGCCAGUUCCCUCCCAACAACUUCACCUGCAAUAACAAGAUCGUUGGGGCCAAAUUCUACCGCACCUCUAAUAGCACGUUCGCCGCCGGCGACGCUCGGUCACCGGUGGACUCCAACGGGCACGGGACCCACGUGGCGGCCACGGCGGCGGGCAACCUGGUCGGCGGGGCAAGCCUUUACGGGUUCGGCGAAGGUACGGCACGCGGCGGGGUGCCGUCGGCUCGGAUCGCCGUGUACAAGGUGUGCUGGGCGGACUCGUGCUACUUCAGCGACAUACUGGCGGCUUUCGACGACGCCAUCGCCGACGGCGUGGAUUUGAUCUCGCUCUCCCUCGGGGCGGAAAUCAGCCGGGACCAUUUCGAGGAUCCGAUUGCGAUUGGGUCGUUUCACGCGAUGAAGGAAGGGAUACUGACCGUGGAUUCGGCCGGGAACGACGGCGUUCAGGGGCUUUACACGGUCAGGAACUUCUCUCCGUGGUCGCUUUCCGUGGCGGCCACUGCCAUUGACCGCCAGUUCUUUGCCCAAGUCCGGUUGGGAAACAAUCAAACUUUCCAAGGCAUCGCAAUCAACACAUUUGACAUUGGGAACACUAUGUACCCCAUCAUUUAUGGAGGAGAUGCCCCUAACAUCAGUGGCAAUUUCAGCAGCUCCAUAUCAAGGUUAUGUGCAAACAACUCGUUGAAUCCCGAUUUAGUAAGAGGCAAAAUUGUGUUGUGUGACUCCAUAGUCGGCGCACUUGUCCCUGUUUUGGCCGGCGCGGUGGGUUCCAUAGUCGCAAUCGACCGUCCCGCCGGAGCACCGGCCGAGAAUCCUCCGUCACCGGUUUCAGUUUUGACUAGGCGUCAAGGUUCCACCAUCCUAUCCUACAUAAGAUCCACAAGGAAUGCAACCGCUACUAUAUCAAAGAGCAACGUAGGGAAGGACGAACAAGCGCCUUAUAUUGCCUCAUUUUCAUCUCGAGGCCCAAAUCCAGCCAUCCUUGACAUUCUUAAGCCGGACAUAUCAGCACCCGGAGUCAACGUCCUCGCCGCCUGGCCCCCAAACGUGCCAAUCACUCCCUACCCAGCCGAAACCCGAACCUCUCGGUUCAACUUCCAGUACGGCACCUCAAUGGCCUGCCCCCACGUCACCGGAGCCGCCGCCUACGUCAAAUCGCACCACCCCAAAUGGUCCCCCGCCGCCGUCAAAUCCGCCAUUAUGACCACCGCCGUCCCCAUGAGCCCCGAGGCCAACCCGGACGCCGAGUUCGCCUACGGCUCCGGCCACCUCAACCCGCUCGGCGCCAUCGACCCCGGCCUCGUCUACGACGCCGGGGAGCCCGACUACGUCAGGCUGCUGUGUGGGCAGGGGUACAACACCACGGCCGUGCAGAUGAUUGCGAGAGAUAACUCGAGUUGUUGGGAGAGAGGAAACGAGACCGUGUGGGAUUUUAAUUACCCUUCUUUAGCGGUUUCGGCCACGGCUGAGGAGGUGGUGACUAGGGUUUUUAAUCGGGUGGUGACAAAUGUUGGAGGGAGUGGGAAUGCGAGUUAUAGGGCGGUGGUGGAGUCGCCGGAAGGGGUUAGGGUUCGGGUGAGUCCUGGGGUGUUGGGGUUUAGAGCGGUGGGGGAGAGGUUGAGGUUUGUGGUGACGGUGGAAGGUGCGGUGGCGGCGAAUUCGACGGUGUCCGGGUCGUUGGUUUGGGACGAUGGUGUUCAUAAGGUUAGGAGCCCGAUUGUGGUGUUUGAUUCGGCUAUGUAGAGAGACAUCCAAUGAGUUUUAUGGUAGUAAAUUUUUGUAAGGUUU